AUGGAUUCAGCCAGCGUGGGGGUGCUGUGCGCCCUGCUCCUGCUCUCGCUGCCGGCCGGCCAAGCCCAGAAGCGGGCAAAGGAUCACCAGCGCCACCACCACCACCACCACUGCUUCAGCCAGGAGCAGCUGCAGGCCGGGGAACUGCCCACCCACUUUGUGAGCAGGACCAUGAAGUGGGACCGAUAUGCCCCCGUGCAGCUGGUGCCACACCUGGAGAAGAUGCAGCAGGAAGGAGGCCAGAGACGCAAACGCCAAGUAGACGGGUGCCGGGCUCUGCAGCUCCAGGCUACCGUCAACAGUGAGCCCAACGAGCGCUCCCUCUCUCCCUGGAGAUACCGCAUCGACGAGGAUGAGAACCGCUACCCGCAGAAGCUGGCCUUCGCCGAGUGCCUGUGCACCGGCUGCAUCGACGUCAAGACGGGCCGGGAGACGUCCUCGCUCAACUCUGUGCUCAUGCACCAGACCAUGAUGGUGCUUCGCCGCAAACCGUGCCCGCACAAUGCCAGCCCUGGGACCUUUGCCUUCGAGGUGGAGUACAUCAAGGUGCCAGUCGGCUGCACCUGUGUCCUCCCCAGGUCCAGCGGCUGA